GUUUAAAAUAGUGUAUAAAUAAAUGUAGAGAAUUAUAUUGUUAGCUUGUUUAGUAAUAAUGGGGCAAUAAGCCCUUUAACCAUCAUUAUUAAAUUUUAUGCAAGGGUAUGCUUUUGGUGUUGGAAUGGGAGAUGAAGUUCCAGAAAUUAUGGAUUGUGUAUUAGAUGUCAUACUUGUGAAGCCAUAAUGGAAUGUCAUAUUAAAUUAAUUCAAAAAAGGAGAUGCAAACAAUAUUUGGAAUGGAAUAACUGAUAUUUUAUUCUCAUUUGAUCAAUUUGCUUAGUAAUGUGGAAAUACAACAAUAGGAUUAAACAAAAUUCAAAAACAUGUUAGAAAAGUCUUCACUAGUAUAUAUAAUUGCAAUAAUUUAGCACCAAGUUUAUUUAAAAAGAUGAUUGAAAAUAUAAGUAUAUAAGCAGAGAAAAUAUAAGAAUUAGGAACUUAAUUUGUAGAAUUAAUGACGGAUAAAGAUAGUUAUUAAAGUGGUUUUGUAUUUGGAUAAAUGGUUUCUUUAAUAAUUGAUAUUUGA